AUGGGUCUCUUUCGAGCGUUGGCUCGCCUGGCCAUAAUCGGCCGCUUUGUGGCUCCAAGGCCAACCAUAAGUUCAAUUUCUGCCAUUCAGGCUCUCCGAUUCAACUCCUCAGUGUCCAAAGACCAAGAGAAGCGCCCCAGCUUGACUGCCCAGAUCUUCAGACCUGACAAGGACCAAAUCACAGACGAAGAUUUGGACGAAUGGCUUAAAGCUGUGAAAACCUUGAAAGAGGGCAACAAGCAACCCGAGACAGAAACAGAACUCUAUCUUCUGGAGUUCUUGAAGCCAGAGCAGUUCUUACAAGAAAAGUUUGAGCCCUCAGAAGAACAGCUAGCCGAGGUGGAGAAGUAUAAGGGAACGCCUGUUCCACUUAAAAUCGACCCAGUGGUGGAGCAUUUAAUUAACGUCAUCAUGAGACACGGUAAAAAGACGAAAGCCAGGACCACGGUGUCUAGAGCCUUAUACAUUGUUCACUUGAAGACAAGACAAGACCCUGUGAGGAUUCUUUACGAAGCAUUGGACAAAAUGGGUCCACUUUUCGACACAAGAACAGAAAAGACUGGUUUUGCCAAGAACAGGGUUGUUCCUUUCGCUUUGAACUUGCGCCAAAGACACCGCUACGCCAUGAAUUGGAUCAUCGAAGGCUCACGCAACAAGAAGUCCAACUCCUUCUCCGUAAGGCUAGCAGAAGAGAUCAUCAACGCCCACGAGGGCCGCUCAUCGGGAUACGAUAAGAGAGCAAGAAUGCAUAAGGAAGCCACCGCCCAGAGAUCGUACCUCAGACCAUAA